AUGCGUGUCUCGAACCCUCAGAAGCACAUGAGAAGCCAUCCCCAUCCAUACCUCAGUGGCAACUUUGCCCCUGUACACCAAACCCAACCUCUAACACCAUGCAAAUAUUCGGGAGAAAUUCCAGAAGAGCUACGUGGAGGUGAAUACGUUCGAAAUGGGGGCAAUCCAGUGACGAAUGGGGAUCUUGGUCGAGAUGCGCAUUGGUUUGACGGCGAUGGCAUGCUCAGUGGCGUGUCUUUCACAAGAACCACCAAUGGAGUACAGCCUGAAUUCGUCAACCAAUACAUCCUGACCGAUGUAUAUCUAGCUGCCAUGUCCUCAAAAUACCUGCGCGUUCCCACCCUGCCCAGCAUCGCGACUCUGGUCAAUCCCCUUUCUUCGCUGUACACCAUGAUGGCCGAGCCUUGGCGACCUGCGAGUCAGGCCCACCAAUGA